GGCAGCCCCUCAUGGCCGCCCGGCGGCUCGGGGGGACCGCGGGCUGCCACAGGCCCCCGCCGCCACGUCUGCUUCCGCCGGCUGCGGGGCGGGGCGGCCCCGCCGCAUCAACAUCCGGGGCGGCCGGCGCCUUUCAUCGUGUGGCCUUGCUCCAGCCCUGCUCCCCACCUGCUCUGGAGGCAGCAGUACCUGCAGGGACACACUCCCUUCAAGUGUCAAGCAGCUGGACGGACACGACCGUCACAGCAAGGCGCCGAACACAGAGGCUCUGCUGCACUGAGGGUCUGCAGGGACUGGGGGAGCACCUGAACCCAAGGUCUACCACCAAAUAAUCUCCCGGGGCUUCCCAGCCUCAUGAGUCCUGUCCUGGCUGGUGAGCAGUCCAACCAAGAGCUUUCUGGUGGGACUUCCAAAUUCAAGAAAGGAAUAGAAAUGUUGCAGCGCUCACACACACAGUUUGAAAAGGGAUGACUGGUGAGUGAGGAAUCAGGGUUCCUACUGAGAAAGCACUGGGCUGUCCAGCCAGCAUCCCCUCUUAUCUGGCCACAUGCAGCUAGAGGAACGCUUACUCAGAGUGACUUGUGUUGACCUGAUCUAACAACAGGAUGGAUUUCACGGAGGCGUAUUCUGAUCGGUGUUCUGCCGUAGGACUCGCAGCAAGAGAAGGAAAUGUUAAAAUGCUGAGGAAACUGAUUAAACAGGGGUACAGUCUUGAUAUCCCAGAUAACAGGGGGUGGAUGCCAAUCCACGAGGCAGCAGCUCACAAUUCCAGUGAAUGUCUGAGGCUGCUAAUUGAUGCAGCUCCAUCUGACAACUACAUAAAUUCAAAGACGUUUGAAGGAAUGUGUGCACUGCACCUUUCUGCACGCUGUGGGUCUUUGGAAAGCAUCGGUGUUCUUCUAGAAGCUGGAGUUGAUGCUGAUGAAGUUACCACUGAGGCAACCACUGCGCUCUUCCUAGCUGUUGAAAACGGACAUGUAGAGGUUGUAAAGCUUCUGCUCCAACAUGGAGCCAAUGUGGAAGGACCUCAUUCCUGGUCUGGGUGGAAUUCUUUGCACCAAGCUGCUUUUCAGGGAUACACCGAGAUAAUUAAAAUACUCUUGGAGAAAGGGGCAAGCAUCGAAUGUAAGGAUGACUUUGGAAUUACACCUUUGUUUGUUGCUGCUCAGUAUGGAAAGCUGGAGAGCUUAAGAGUGCUUGUAUCCCAUGGUGCAGACAUCAACUGUCAGGCCAAAGACAGAGCCACUCCGCUACUGAUAGCUGUGCAGGAGGGCCAUGCAAAGUGUGUGGAGCUGUUACUGUCAGAAGGGGCAGAUCCAAACCUCUACUGCAACGAGGAUAACUGGCAGUUACCUAUUCACGCAGCAGCUGAAAUGGGCCAUAAAAAUAUACUAGAGAUGCUAAUACCAAUUACUGACCGGAUUUGUGACAAAGAAAAAGGCAAAGUGAGCCCUGUGUAUUCAGCAGUAUAUGGAGGUAAUAAAGAAUGUUUGGAAAUGUUACUUAAAGAAGGCUACAGUCCAGAUGCUCAGGAGUGCCUUAGCUUCAACUGCAGAUCACCCAUGUGUAUGGUUUUCCAAAAAAAGUUUUUUAAUUUAAUCGGUAUUUUUCUGAAAUACGGGAUCACGCUGCUUGGGAUCAAUUUGGGAUAUUGCCUGUGCCAUGAAAAGUUUACCUUGUUUCGACACUUCUUGAAGUUGGGCUGUUCACUGCCUUCUGGCGAUCAGUUAUCAGAGUUCAUAAGUUACGCAGUUAAAGCACACGAGGAGUACAAGGAAUGGCUGCCCCACCUGCUCUUGGCUGGUUUUAAUCCAGUGAAUUUGCUGUUCAGGUUCUGGAUUUACUCUGUGAGUGAGGAUGUCCUUAAUUUCAUUCUGGAGUUCACAAACUGGAAGAGACUUCCCCCAGCUGUCGAACGAGACCUUUCAGACUACAAAGAGAAAUUCAGCUGGACUCCCAAGAGCCAUUUUGCCUUCAUUCCUUCCCUGUCUCACCUGUGUCGUCUUGAGAUCCGGUCCAUUUUAACGAGCGAACGCCUCCGAUCGGACCGGUUCAUCCGGGACUUGCCGCUGCCAGCCUGUCUGCAGGACUACCUCCUGUACCUAGAUGUACUGCGCCUCAGCGCUGUCCCAGACCAGGAGGAUUGCCUGGGGCAGAGAGAGGAGGCAGUUCCCUCUGCCACCACCUCCAGCUCUGAAGAUGCCGAGAGGAGGGAUGUCUGUAAUGCCAGUGCUAGCUGAUGGCACUGCCAGCGACUCAACACGGUGGCUGCAGGUUUUGUAAAGGCAGUUAGCAGGCACCAGGGAAAUACUGCUGUAAGGUUGCAGAAAUGUCUUUCCAUGCUGCAGUUUUAUACUAUACUGGGACAUUUGUUACAAGCUCUAUGAUGUGCUCGUUUAAAAAGUCGUCUUGUAGCCUUCUAGGUCUGCAAAUAUUUUCUGAUUUUGAAAGGAAGUGUUUAACUCUUGCAGAGUAAAAUUAGCUUGUUCAAUGAACAGAGCUUAUAGAGUAGCUGAAAUCUAUGUGGUCAGACACUGUUAAUAGAUACCGCAUUUGAAGUACAGCAUAUACAGUACCAGGAAAACAAUGGUGUAUUGUGGUUGUGCAGUUGUAUGUUACUCAAUCUAGCUUAACCAGAGGUAGAAAAUUAAUGAGAGAGGGAAGGGUUUCCUAAAAUGUUUUUUUUUUCUCCCUCGUCUUUCCUUGUUCAUCUGUAUUCAGCACUUGGAGAGCUGUUGUUCUUUUAUCAUUUUCAGUCAUCUUUGAGCACCUCUUCCUAUGUCACUUCCCUUGGAACUAUUCGUGCCUGUCUCCUCACACUGUUGCUUUUAGUCAGUAUUUUUAUAGUUACUGAAGAGCAAAUCAUUGCAUGUGAACAUUAAUAAGUUAACAUGAUCUGAAGUCAAGGGAUUUGUUUGUAUCUCUUACUCAGUAACUAAUGCACCAAUUUCUUUAAACCUGUUUACCACCUUGAUGUAGAGUAAUAAUUUGUUAAGAAUAUUCCUCACACCUCAAGUAUGUUUACAGCUAGCACUGAAGCCUAUAAGAGCUGCAGCUAUAAUUUGGAGAAAUAGUUGCAGUUUUCUGCUCAAAUUUACUGCAGGAUGUAACUUUAAUCUUUGUGUUCUUUAGUAACAAACUGAAUUAUAAAAUAAAUGAGAUCCUUUCCUCUAAAUAGAAAUUCCUGAAUAAAAUCUGA